AUGAAUAAAAUUCUGCCUUCCACCUGGGUAGCAGUUAUCCUCACCUCGGAGCUGGGCUACGCUUUGGCCGCCAAAGUCUCCUUUGUUGAUUUCGGCUAUACCUCCCAACAAUAGUGUGUUGUACACUUUGGUCUAUUGCCUUACCAUGACAAAAUUUCACGGGUUUGGAAGAGCUGAACUUUUCCCCAAACUGUGGCUAACAAGUGAUCUGUACUAACCCUUAGUCCUGGACUAAAACACGAGAGUCUGACUAAAAAAGAUCUUAAAAUUGGAGAAAAAAGCGACCGGCAAUACAACUGUGACGCAGUUAAGAAGUUGUGUCACCAGCAGCCAGUUCAGAAGGACUUUAAAGACACCGUGGUAAAUAUAAAAAACGUUACCGCGACUUGUAAAAGCACCGUUCGGAACGCGGCAGUGGGUACGGGAGAAAGAUAUGAUUAUUAAUGGUUUUGUGCCGUCUUCCCUCGACCGUAUCUGAACACCGGGUCGAUGACGGCGGACAAACCGUAGGAGGGCAUUCCAGUCUCCCCGGAUUUGUCAGCAAAUUUCUCGAUUAUUCAAUGUUCGCCGCAUUGCAACCGCUAUCGAGUCAAAACGGAAACCCACGCACUCCGUCCGACUAUCGGCAAAGGCCAGCUAAAGUAACUUUCUUGUGACAUUUACUGUUCCCGGUCGCAGACGGCGGAACGAAGGCCCGUGACUCAUCUGGUAGGUCGUUCAUCUCAGUUACUUACUGAAGUUGGAUUGGUGCCUCAGGUCUACCGAAGAUGUGGUUGGAGUAUAAUUUGCUAGUGACGGUAAAAAAAGCCAUUCGGGUCUCACAAAGCGGCGACAGUACUAAUUGCGGGUUACUGACUCUGGCCGACUACGAGGACAAUGAUCUAGAUUUCCAGGACAAAGCGGCAAUUUCCGCUUCCAUUUUACGGAGUAAAUAGUUUGGCAAACAUCGCAAUACAGUAUUUGGAUAAAUCUAGGUCUUAAGAAUAUAGAAUGGAUGACAACUGUUAGUAAAAUACCUGAAGACGUUAGUCAAAAAAUAGUUGCACACAUACCAAGAUUAAAAUACACCUGGACUGCACCGAUAGUUUAAACUUGGCUGCAAAGGUGGAAUUCGGACCGGAAACAAGGCACAAACGACUUUAGCACGCCUCGAUAUGGGAUUUUCGGCAGAGGAACUUGGGCCCACAGACAUGUGAUAUGUUACCCUAUUAUGGAAAGUUAUGCAGGCCCACUGAAAAAUUGAAUUAUGCCGAUGAAGAAUAAGUUUAUUUCUCAUACGUUGACAAAUAAAACUAGCUCGAAGGUAAAUGUUAGCGCUGGUAAUUGAUCAGUAAAAAUGUCAAAAGUUUCAAUGAGGGUGGGGCAUGGCCUAGCGAUAAAUGACACACUUGACACUGGCAAUAAAAUCAAUCGGAAGUUUCUGAAACAAGUAACAUUCGCAAAUUCUUCAUGUGUUUUAUAGUCCUUGGAACAUGCAAAGGCCUCGAUAGAUAAGGCAGUUAAUUUCCAACUAAUAAACAUAUGCCUACGAUAUCUGCAAUUGGUUAUAGGUCACAUCGCCUCAUAUUUACUCCAGAAUUAAAACUCCAUUACUUUUUAAGGAAGCGGGGAGACGAAAGCAUCUAUAUUCAAAAAGACAAGAAUGGGGAUAUGUAGGUAAAGACAAAACUCUGCCUGUUGGGCAAGUGUCAGAUUACUUCUUCUGUAGCAGCCCACCUUACUGAUUUUGCAGCCUUUGCUGUUUAAUGGCGAAACCUGUCUAAAAUGUCGUACUGUAUAUGUAACGUGCAGUCAAGGUACUUAUAAUUGGUAUGGUGUUCGGGGUGGUCCACAGUAGGUGGUCUCUUAAAGGGACAGCAACAGCGCUAAGUGCAACUACAGUUAUGUGAAAAAAGGUAGUAGAAAUAAGUUUAUUUCUCGUACAUUGAUACAUAAAACUAGCUUAAAGGUAGGUGUUAGCGCCGGUCAUUCGUCGGUAAAAAAUAUGAAAUGUUUCAAUGAGGAUGGGGUAUGCAGAUAAGUAUUAUCGUAUUACAGGUGGCCUCGCGUCAAAUGACAUGGGGGUUGGUGUUGGGGUGAUAGUCGUAAGUAGGGUUGGGGCUAGUGUUGAGGUUAGGACUAGGGAGGCUAGAGUUGCUGGUGAUGUUUGGGUCAUGGUUAGGUUUAAGGAUGGGACAGGGGCAUAGGCAUUCAAUGGAAUUGAGCGCAAGGUCACCUGUACUGGGGGAGUACUUAUUCCCGUGUUCAAUCACUACGAGUUUAACUUACGCAUUGCUUGAGUUGCAUUCUCACCGACCUGAGCCGCUGAGAUAUACCCGUGGAAGAAAAAUUUACCUAUGCUAUGCUGAACUUAUUGAUCGCAACUGCUCUAUCUAUUAGUAACACUCCGUUAGAGCAUUUGCCUCCUCAUUAAAACUCUAAAGUGUGUAUUAACAUGGAUGAGCAGUGACAGAGUUCAGAAAACCAGGGUUGUGUGGUGUAUGUGCAUAUGAUUAUGCCUAAAAAAUAGCAUAGAAUAUAGUGAACAAAAACGGAAGGUAAAGAUAUUGCGUGUUGCCUUAAGGGAUAAAAGAGUCGUAUGUUCUCAAGUUGCUCGUAGAUGAGAAUGUCGAAAUCUCGAAUCUCAUUAUUUGAUCGUAUGGCAACUUGAGACCAACAGACGGGUGGAUACUGACAUGUGGCAUGUUGAGAAACCGCCUUUGACACGCUUCAGAUCCGAGGGCAGAGAAUGAUGACUGGACUCUAGAAGAGCAAAAGAACUGACACGACCCGGCCAUAUCGACAGAAAUCCCCCAAAGGUUUCUAAGAUUCUCAUAGGCCAUUCAUUCAGGAAACCAUAUGACACGAAGAAGUCAGUCCGGUCGAAAGUACGUUUUAGAAAAUUUACCAGGACGUGUUUGUCGCACCAUAAGACUUGAUGGGACAGUCGUGGAUGGGUUGGAGAACCAGGAGUGGUGAAAAGACGGAGGAAGAUGUGCAACCGUUUGUUGAGGGACAGGGGAGAUAACAGUGAUGGGGAAGGCUGAGUGCCGCCGGUAGAGGCAGGAUUGGGAUGAGGUCGACGGUGUUAUUGCAAUGUGACAGGUGGGAGGGUGGUGGUGGUGUUAGUUUUGGUGAUAGCUGGAAUAGAGGCAGCCACAGAGGCAUUAUAGUGAGAAAACCAUAGACGUUCCCUCAAGGAAAUCCAUACUGCUCUUUCUUCGGCCUCUGAAAAUGACCCUAACAUCGAGGCAGCCUCGAUCAGUCGAGAUAAUCAUUCCGUCGUAUUAUCAUUCGUACUUCGAACUACAAAUCUGCAUCUGUCCGUCAGUCCUUGGCAGUCGAAACUCUGACUCACCGAACGCCUCUAGAUCAGAUCCGAGGCAACAAUAUUGCCACAAAGUGCUCUUCAACAGUAGAACUUUUCCACUUCUGAGUAAUUUCAGCAUGUCUGCGCUUACGAGUUUGCUGGACAUUCUGAUGCUUGUUAUCUCAAUGCCGCCCUUGUUUAUCAAUAUUUUUAUACAUUACCUUGGAUAUUCAGCGAGUUCGAUAAGUCCUGUUCUGACCCUAGAAAUGGAUUAGCAGUGAAGUAUAGCCAAAUGAUUUUGUUCGGCAGGAAACCAUGGACUCUGCGAUUAGAUUUUAGGCGGAUGUCGAACGGAUGGUAAUGAUAAAUAGACGACGGGGAUAUCUAAAUGUAAGAUGGAAGCCGAUCAUAUGAGUCCCGGUUUGCUAGCAAUCACAUCGAACGUAUCCAUUACUGAAACCUAUCUUGGCAUAAAACUCUUAAGAGCGAAAAUGUCUGUCUGCCGACUGCAGAAAAUAACGUGCCGAGAAUCAUGAUGACACCGGCACCACUUUAGGUGUAGCUUUGAGAGGAGACUGGGGGUCUCUUAAGGUACUCAGAAGCCACGACCAGACGAAGGAGUAAACUAGAACCGUGUAUGCAUUUGGAUCACGUUGUUUACUCUGCGUGGUCGUGGUAGGAGUCAGUGCGGGAAACAACCUCUUACCCACCCCCGUUCACCAGCCCGCCCACGACUGACUGAUAUUCACUGCUAACUCACAACCAUCCUUUUUAUAAUGUAGAAUUCACAGAUGUUUUGGCAGAUCUUUUAAUAAUUCAUAUUGAUCCAACUGUGGAAAACUCAGCGCCUCGGUGGGAUUCGAACCCACACAGUAAGGAGAAGGCUUUAGUACAGCCAACGCUCUAACCGCUUGGGCUACGAGGCCCCGUCGGCUGUACUAAAGCCCUCGCCUUACAGCGUGGCUUCGAAUCCCACCGGGGCGCCGAGUUUUUCACAGUUGGGUCGAUAUCAAUCAUCUAGAAUGUCAUCAAGAUGGAAUUAGUGUUUAAUUUCUGCUGGAAUUAUGUCAGCUGCAAGAACUAUUUAAUUUAAGUUUUUUGUUUAUUGGUAUUUUUAGCAAAUUUGAAUAAUUCGUCCGACCCGAUUUCCCAGGAACCCCUGCUUAGGCAGUUGGUUAACUGUACCCGAAUUGGUUGAUUCCAUACUUUACAUUAGGCUGGAGGGGUGGUUUCAUCCACGUGGGCUUCAACUUAGGGCUUCCGGUGGGAUCUCGAAUCCCACCCUGGAUGCCGAGUUUUCACCAUUGAGUCAAAUUAAUUAAGGCCACAUAUUUUCCAAACAUUUAUGAAACUGGAAUAAACUUUAGACAAGGUGAAACACAAGUGGUUUUUAGAGGCGAGACCAUUAUUAUGGGUAGCAAUGGCCUGCAGCUUUUACUUAAAGAUUUACAGAAAGAUAUUUAAGCUUUCAGCGAAUUUCGCAGGUAGGAAUGACAAAUUCAAGAAUAAGCAGCAUCAGGCAUACAGAGGAUGAGAUGUGCUCACACCUGUCUUAAAAUCUGCAAAGCCCAGAAUUUGUUGCUGGACUCUGGCUGCCACGGAUUCAAGACUAAAACGUAUAGGCCCAGCUUCCUUUACAGCCAACUUACAUGCACGAAAAUUAGGAGUUGACUGACUGUGGAGUAUUUCCACGAAAUACGAUAUGCUUUCUUGUGGAUUAAGGGUAUGACAUGAUCAAAGCGGACAGAAUGAGGUACUCAUUAUCGCACUUUGAUCAAAUUCGGACUGUUUGCGGAAGGGCAAAGCCAUCUGUAUGUCUUAGCCAACGUUGGAAAUAAGUCAGGCAGGGAGCUGCUAGCUUGCUGGCAUUGUGCAAUAAUUAUUUCGUGCCAUGAACAUUCCUUCCUGUGACAUUUAUCCAUGUCUACUCUCUUUCUUCCGUCAGUGUGCGAUAAUUUGCAGGAACGGCAUCAAAACCCCUCCAUAUGUACCUCCACCUGAGCAGCCCUUCAACUAAUGAAGUAUCCUCCGUAUCACUGCAAAUAAGGUCUCUGACUGUUAUUAUUUACGAACAUACCCAUUUUCGGUCAAGAACGGGAUCAAAUCCCAGUAAACCCUGUCUUCUCGCUAAAAGUCGAAUGAGCGCCUUGCGUCUGAACUGGUCUUACUUUCCAACAAUUUACUUCAAAGUCGAUACUUUGGCUCACCGAACCAAGUCAUUGGUGUUUAUCCACGAGACGGACACAUACGCCGUCGCUUGACUCAACUCAACCGGCCGUCCGCGACUUCUAUUCAUACACGGUAUAUUAAGUGACCAUGGUCCCGUCAGAAUGUAUUUGUUUGAAAUUAUUCGUACGGUAAGUGUCUGACAGUGUCGUCAGUGCUGAAAAACAACCACAGAGAAUCCAGUCAUAAUCAUCCUUUUUACAUAUUCUUCGGGCCAUCCUACUACGACAAUGUUAGAUUCACCCUGUCAUUUAUCCAUUCAGCGUCCCGAGUCACCCUGCCUUCCUCAUCCCGAAUGUCUGGCGCGCAUUUUAUCUGCAGGAUUGCAUAGUGUCCUCGAAAGAAUAAUUGUGUUGUGAGGCGAAGAAAGCGUCAAUUUCCGAACUUAUUAUGCAAAGUUAGCAUUUACGAGAGCAGCGUAUCCGAUCAUACUUAACGUAUGGUACAGAUGUAAUUGUAAAGUACAUGAGGUGAUUCAGACAGACAAUUAGGGAUUUAGGUAUGGCUGAACAGAAUCCACGAUACAGCAUUCGCUCCGUCCCCCCGUUGUCUGCUGCCGAUAUACCUCACAGUCUACGAAGUUAUCGUGAAAAUGCCUAGCGGAUGAAGGUACCUAUAGGGGACAGUCACAGAUGGGGUACUUUCUCAUCUGUCUCAUAUCCUGCUGAGUAAUUGUCACGAAUGAACUCCGUGCUAUUAAAAAUUACCUACAGUAAUUUUGGUUUCUGAGAACUGUACCUGUUCAGGUUCUAAUGUCUAUUAAUCUCCUUUUAUGGGCAAACUGUUAAGGGUCCGCCUAGUGCAUGCUUUGUAAACAAACAAACGUUGAGUGCCUUCAUCCAAUAAGGCUUCAGUCGUCAGUGUGCCCCGUCACAACUUUCCAUUGUCGCUUAUUAAAGACCUACUUAAGAUUUUCGCCCAGUAUAUCAGUAGAGCGACUAGCCUUUUUGUUUCCGGCCUGUACUGACAGAGAUAGAGGACGUGUCCUUACCAUCACCAUCUCAGCACCUCUUCCCGUUCUGGAGGUUAAACGAGAAACAUCAGCCGAAGCUCUCCAUGCCACAAAUAAUGGUUAGAGUUCAGCAGCAGCAGCAGCAGCAGCAGCAGCAGCAGCAGCAGCAGCAGCAGCAGCAGCAGCAGCAAACAGCACGUUUUGGCUGCUCUCCAAAUGCACGCCAACCAGUCAACGCAGUGCGCAAGAAUCAAUAG